AUGUCUAUUCUCAAAGUACCCCCCGAGCUUUUGAUUCAAAUCGGGAAAGAUGUGGAAUGCCCCGAUCUGAAUCGUUUUCUUCGAUGUCAUUCUCAUCUUUACGGCAUUCUAAACAACCUCCUUUUUCAACGUAAUAUUCACAACACCUCUGCAUUAUGCUGGGCAGCGGCUCAGGGUUCUGAAUCUACUUUCAGACAUUUCAUUGAUGCUGGGGCAAAUGUUCAAUGGGAAUCUCAGUACCUCGCCCACUCGGUACAAUACCAUGGAAGACGCUUCCGAUGUCCACUUCAAAUAGAGAUGAUGAAAGAGCAUCCAAUAUCCCAUGCAGCAGCUCAGGGUCAUACAAGAAUCGUGGAAUAUCUCCUCGAUCUAGGAGCCGAUAUUAAUUAUCGAGAUCGGGACGGUUUAACGCCCCUCGCUCUCGCUGCUCGCGAAGGCCAUUUGAAUCUGACUCGGAAAUUCAUAUCGCUGGGCGCAAAGCAACUAUCACACGACAAAGAGGAAAGAUAUCCACUUGUGCAAGCCGCAUUAAAUGGCCACCACAAUGUUGAAGACUAUCUCUUCGAUCAGCUUCGCCAAUACCCUUACAGCAAACCAAACCCCCGCUUAGACCUCUACUGGAUGUUGAAAUACGCCGCAGAGCACGGCGAUGAAGACCGAAUACGGUACCUCCUGGCGCAGGGAGCGGAUGUGAAUUUUCAGCUAUCCAUAGAAAGUCAUCCGCCUCUAUGUGGUGCGCUUCUAUCUCCACGACCAAGAAGUACCACCCAGCUUUUAUUAGAUUAUGGAGCAGACCCGAACGGAAAGGCAUCACCAUCGAAAAAUAAAUCAGCUGGGAGAUCUGAACGGGUGCAAUCCACAAUCAAUCUUGCACUUCAGAGAGACGAGAGCUACUGUCUAAUUAAUCUCCUAAUACAAUACGGGGCAGUAGCUCAAUAUCACAGCCAAGCUUUGAUUACUGCAAUUCGCUAUGGAAAGACGAGGGAGUUUGAGUAUCUCGUGGAGACGGGUGCCAGCUUGUCUGCGAAAUAUCGCAGAGUAUCUGUCGCUGAAAGAGCUAUGAAUUCUGGCUAUCAACCUAUUAUCGACAUUUGCUUGAAGUAUGGAGUUCGUUAA